AUGAGACUCUUGGUCGUUGGGUGCCCGUUCUCUGCGGCGGAGGAUGACGCCGGCGUGGUGAGCUCCAUCCUUGAGCUGUGCAGCCUGGAGAAGCAGCGGAGCCUGGCGGUGAACAAGACCGGAGCUUACGUCAGCGUUCAGGAGGGCUUGGUGAUGACAAACGCCGUCGAGAACAAGCAUUUCUUCAGGAAGGGGAUCAUGGGGAACUGGAGGAACCACAUGACAUCGGAGAUGGCAGCAAGGCUGGAUGGCAUCGUUGAGGAGGCACUCAAGGGAUCAGGAUUUACCUUUGGGUACACCAAUACAAGUAAUUAA